GGUGGUGACUGUGCGAUAGAGGGGAAGGAUGACGGAGCAGAUUUCCGUCGUGUGCAGAGUGCCAUGGACAUCCUGUGUUUCAGUCCUGAUGAGCAGAACGGCAUCUGUAGACUACUGUCCUCCGUACUACACCUAGGGAAUGUAUACUUCCAGCCAUACCAGGUUGAAGGCCAGGAGGUGGCGACGGUGGUCAGUGAUCAGGAGAUCAGAGUGCUAGCUGAGCUGCUCCAGAUCUCUCCUGAGGGACUCAAGAAGGCCAUCACACACAAAGUCACGGAUACAGUCCGGGAGAAGAUCUACACUCCCCUGACAGUGGAGAGUGCUGUGGAUGCCAGAGACGCUGUUGCUAAGAUCCUGUACUCGCUGCUGUUUCAUUGGCUGACCGAGAAGAUAAAUGGGCGGGUCUAUCCUCGCAACGAGGCUCUGUCCAUCUCUAUACUGGACAUAUACGGCUUUGAGGAUCUGUUAUUCAACAGUUUUGAGCAGCUGUGUAUCAACUAUGCCAACGAGACGCUGCAGUUCUACUUCAACAAGAUCAUCUUCAGGGAGGAACAGGAGGAGUACAUCCGGGAGCAGAUCAGCUGGCAAGAGCUUCCCUUCAGCGACAACCAGGCCGUCAUCAACCUCAUCGCCGCUAAGCCUCAUGGGAUAUUGAGAAUCCUGGAUGACCAGUGCGGCUUCCCCCAGGCGACAGACCACACCUUCCUCCAGAAGUGCAACUAUCACCACGGGAACAGCGAUCUGUAUGCCCGGCCAAAGAUGCCCCUCCCAGAGUUCACACUGAAACACUACGCUGGGAAAGUCACAUACCAAGUGCAUAAGUUCCUCCAUAAGAACUUUGACCUGGUGCGUCAGGACGUUCUGGAGCUGUUCAGUAGGAGUAAGAACCGCAUGGUGUCCAACCUGUUCCUCCAACACAGUGAGGGGCUGGCGUCUCAGCAGCGUUCUGCCGCCAGGAGGGGCUCCACCGCCCGCCGCCUCGCCGGCAACACCGUCAGCGCCAAGUUCCAGAGCAGUCUGCAGGACCUGGUGGAGAAGAUGGAGAGAUGUAACCCGUACUUUGUACGUUGCAUCAAGCCAAACCAGCACAAGGAGCCGGGUCAGUUUGAGACGGAGCUGGUGAAGACUCAACUACGUUACUCUGGUAUCCUGGAGACCAUACGCAUCAGGAAGGAGGGAUACCCAAUCAGGAUACCCUUCUACCAAUUCCUCAACAGGUACAAGGCGUUACUGUGUCUGAAGGAGGUACCUCCAGCGGACGGGGAGACCUGUGUUGAGAUGAUCCAUAAACUCUGUCCUGUUAAACCUGGAACAUACCAAGUAGGAGUUACCAAGAUGUUCCUGAAGGAGGAUCUGUACCAACUGAUGGAGUGGAAGCGUGAUCUGGUGUUCCACGUGGCUGCCGUGACCCUGCAGCGCUACACACGGCUGUACUUCAUCAGGAAGAGACGGAACAAGUUCCGAAACACCAUGAUUCAACUACAGACCUUCUGUAGAGGACACCUGGCAAGGAAGAGGUUUGCUCUGAAGAGGAAGUACCUCAUCAAGUUCCGUUCCAUCGUGUUGCUCUACAUCAACCGUCGAAGCUAUAUGAAGGAGCGGGCCAACAGAGAAGUGGUGAACGUUACAACUCUGCCCAUCCCUGCUGAGUUGGGGUUUCUGCUGCAGGCUUCCGCAGGUGGCAGGGAGCUCCACUCUGAGUGCCUAGCUCUGGUCCAGGCCCCUAAGGUCCAGGUGGAUCCUCAGCUGACUCUGCCGUUGAACAUCAACAACUACCUCAUCACUCACUACAUAAGGACCAUCUUCAGGGAAGCCUUGUUUGGGAUGUUGUUUGCUCCGUUGGAGCGCUCUCUGACCCGGGUGGACGAGGAACUGAAUCAGCCAGCGGUGGACGUCUUUAUGCUGAUUCUGAGGUUCAUGGGGGACCCCGACCUGAACGGAGCUCAGGAGAACCUGUUUGGGAACUACAUCAUCCAGAAAGGACUGGCCAAUCAGAGCCUCCGAGAUGAGAUCCUGGCACAGGUAGCCAAUCAAGUCUGGCGAAACGUCAACCCUCAGAACUCAGAACGCGGGUGGCUCCUCCUCUCCGCCUGUCUCUCCUCCUUCCCUCCCUCGCAGCGGCUGGAAAAAUACCUGCUCAAGUUUGUCUCAGACUACGGUCCAGGAGGAUAUGACUGUUUGUGUCAACACCAUCUACUCCAGUCAAUGCAGAGGACUUCACUUGGUUACCACGGCGCCCGGACCUACCCUCCCUGUCUACUGGAGUGGACCGCCAACCGCAAGAGAGCUCACACCGUGCUACAGAUACACUGUUACAAUGGUGUGUCCUUCCUGUGUCCACUGCACUCAUGGACCACUGGGGAGGUCCUGGCCAGAGACAUCUUACAGCACAUCGGUGUGUCUGAGGGUGGGCGGGGCUGGUCUGUGUUGCUACGGGAACCGUCCCAGUGGGUGGAGCUGGAGGGCGGUGACUACGUGUUUGACUUGAUCUCAGACCUGGAGUUGCCAGCUGACUUCUCCAAACAGAAGAACUACUUCAUCAUAUCAGCACAGGACUCCAGCAAGCUCAGGACUGACGGUAGCAU